GCGUUUCGCGCCUGCGCACAGGAUCGGACAGUGGCGCUAAAAGGACCCGGGGCCCGGCGCUCCCCGCCCGGGGGUAUAUCUCCAUGAAUAAUUUAAAUGACCCUCCAAAUUGGAAUAUCCGGCCUAAUUCCAGGGCUGAUGGGGGUGAUGGAAGCAGAUGGAAUUAUGCCUUGUUGGUUCCAAUGCUGGGAUUGGCUGCUUUUCGUUGGAUUUGGUCUAGGGAGUCCCAGAAAGAAAUAGAAAAAGAGAGGGAAGCGUACCGUCAAAGAACGGCUGCUUUCCAGCGAGAUCUUGAAGCAAAGUAUCACGCUGUGAUCUCAGAAAACCGGCGUGCAGUCGCUCACUUGUCUUUGGAACUUGAAAAAGAACAAAACAGAACGACUAGUUACCGAUAAGCCCUUAUCUCUCAGGGGCGCAAGUUGGUAGAAGAAAAGAAGCUUCUGGAACAGGAACGGGCUCAGGUCAUGCAAGAAAAGAGACAGCUGCAGCCCUUGAGAAGUGCGUACCUGAGCUUCCUAGAAAAGGAAGAAGACUGGCAAAGGAGGGCCAGGCUUGUGCUGAAAGAGUUUGAAGAUGCUCUUACAGAAAGACAGAACAUCUACUGCAGCCUGCUCCUCCCUCGUGGGAGGCGCCUGGAAAUAGAGAAGAGCUUACUGGUCCGAGCAUCCACUGACCCAGUCGCUGCUGACCUGCACAUGGCAGCUGGCUUGACCGACAUAUUUAAGCACGACACAUACUGUGGUGACGUCUGGAAUACCAACAGACGCCAGAAUGGGAGACUCAUGUGGUUGUAUCUCAAAUAUUGGGAACUGAUUGUUGAACUGAAGAAGUAUAAGGGAGUUGAGAAAGCCAUACUAGAGAAGUAGGCAGGAGUGAAGUGUAACAUCUUCAAUGACGCUGUGGCAUUCUGGGGUAUUGUGUUCUGGCUUCCUUCUGCUUUGCGCGCGUGCAGCACCUGUCAGCGGAGGGUUCUUCCACCCCACCACCCUCUGAGCAGGACACAGGGUUUCUUCCUUGACCCUUUUCAGCUCUUAAGGAUGCAGUUUCUUGGGAGGAUUUUUUUUUUAAGCUGUAAUAUUUUAUUAGGCUGAACAGUGUAACCUCAUAUCUGUGCUGCAGGAUAAGAUUGUUUUUAAGAAAGUCAAAUACAGUAUUGAUCCUCACUGUAAGUAGUUUUCUGUCUGUUUUUAUCGAUCCCUAAAUAAAUUCUGUUUUCUCCAGUUUUUUCUUUCCUAGAAUUAUAAAUAAAAGCUGUCAGCUGUCGGAUUGAACUGCCUAAUGAUGAUUACAGAAAAUAGUAAUAUUAUUGGGGUUUCAUGCUUUUAUGGGGGUCUCUCCCACCAAAGGGAAAAGAAAGUGUAUCUUGUAUCCAGUUGAUAAUCUCGGUACAUGUUUGGCAUCUCGCUUGUGUCUGUAUUCAGUUAGCACAUAUUUAUUUGCAAUGACAUCUAAUAAAAAAUAUUUGCCAUAUAAAA